UCAUAUACCGCACAAUCGUUAAGUGUCAUCAAAUCCUCAUCACUAGUCAUAUCACUUGUCCUUUCCAUCAAAUGUCAAAAUUUGUUGUUUUAAAGCAAUCUCUACAACACAACCAACAGUUGGUUUUACUCUUAACACUAUUAAUAGUAUUUUUCUCAUCGAUAAACAUUUCAAUGGCAYCUCCUAUCAGAGGUGACUCAUCUCAAUCACGACAAUCACCUAAUGGUUCGCCACAUCGUUCUUCAUCAUCUCGUAGACUAUCAAUAAGUUCAUCACCAAAAUGGGUGAAUCCUUGUCGACUGCCGACACAUCCUAUAAAUCCUGACAAAGACUUUGCUGGUGCGCCUCCGGUUCCCGUCAAAGAACUAUUACGUAAUGUCAUGAGUAGAGCCAAAGUUGCCAGAAAUCAUGGCCAACAAGUCAAAGAAAUUUUUCUUAAUAAUACAUUUCCUGACCCGGAGUUUGAAGAAGGGGUCAAAACGUAUCGUCAGGAAUGGCUGCCAGAAAUUCCGGUCACUUCUGAACAAGUGUUUCAACAAAUGACUUUAAGCGAAUCGUUUUCCACGGCUUAUGAGUAUAUCCAGUACUUCGCUGUUGGUUUAGAGCAGAUCCUAUUGGAUCAGGUGCUUCACGAUGGAAAGAUGGUCACCGAAUUUAAAGACAUUGAAUACGAUCUGUUCCAGUUAUUAUGUGAAAUACAACUGGGAAUGCAUAUCAAGAAUAUUGAGCCAAAGGCCGACAUCUUGCGGCACGUUAUGUCUCAUCAGUACCGGGAUAUUAAUGAGGCCUCACUCCGUAAUCUUCGAGAUUAUCUAAUAUUAAGAGACUAUAUCUCAGCCACUAAUUUCAUUGCCCAGUUGUACGCAUAUAUGAGGGCUCACUAUCGCGAACCCAAUUCGGGUGAAACAUAAGAAAACGAAAUCUAUCUCUCAUUUGAACCAAACAUGUG